AAUAAAGGACAUAUGCACCAUCAGCUGAUCAGUGCUCAGCAGUACCCCGGCAGGAUACUCGUCGCACCUGUAUGACGCGCAGAGUAAACAGAGAUACCGACCUGAAGCGCUGCCUGUGCUCCGGAGCGCACUGUGCCUUUAAGACGGAUCAAACAGGACCGCUCCGCACCAGCCGAGCGCAUCGAUGCCGCUCUCCACAUCUGAUCAGUGAUUAUCAUCGAUUUACACCUGCGGAGAAUUCAAAAGAAAAAAACUGUGGUUGUAUAAGGACGGAUCUAUUUGAGGUCUACCUAGACGAGCCUAAAUGGCGGAUGGAGCGCUUUGACGCGUCGCUCCGCCGGUUUGCGCGCUGGUGCGUAAUUGAUUCGAGUGGAGAAUCCUGAGCUGCAGCAGGCACAGUCAGAAUCUUCCACUGAGCCCUUUUUCUCAGGGAGGGGAAGGCUGCAGGUUUUUCGACUUCCUACCUUUGUUGCUUCAGGACGUCCUGUACGGCAGCCAGGCAUACCCCCUGUUCUUUACCCCAGACUGUUUCACUUAAAAGAUAAAUGAUCAUGGAGGACAAACGCAAGAAGCGGAGCCCAAAGGUGUCUCUCCCCCAGCCCCCUCCUCCCCCCAUCAACCCCCGCAAACUCGCCGUCAUGCCUGCCAGCAAAAGUGCCACCUUCUCUCUCGGCCUGCCGCAGCCCCCCUCCCCCAAGAACAGAGGCAAGUUUAAGAGGUCCAUAGGGGCGCCGGGACAGCCCAAAGAGGUGUUCGCAGCUGUCGUAGCUCCACCGAAGACCACCAGGCCCAACAGGGAGAAGCCCAGGGCCCCCCAGCCUGCCGGGCCCAGCCGAGUAGUCCAGUCUUCCCCCCUGCAGCACUCGUUUCUCACAGAUGUCUCAGACGUGAGAGAGAUGGAGGGAGGCCUCCUCAACCUCCUCAAUGACUUCCACUCAGGCAAACUACAGGCUUUCGGUAAGGUGUGCUCCUUUGAGCAACUGGAGCAUGUGCGUGAGAUGCAGGAGAAGCUGGCACGACUGCACUUCAGCCUCGACAGCCACGUGGAGGAGCUAUCAGAGGACCAGAGGAAGUGUGCCUCCGACCACAACCUGGAGCACCUGCUCUGUAACCUGGAGGAGCUCAGCACCUCGAUACAAAAGCUCCACUUGGCUGAGAACCAGGACCUGCCUAAGACAUCUGGUCCCUGACAGAGUGAGGUGUGGAGGAUGGGGACCACACAGUCAUAUUCUCCCAACACCUUACCAGUCCAGGUUGCCAUGGCAUUGAUCCAGCUGCCUUAGUUACAGAAUGGAACGAUCCACAGGAGGAGGAGGAGGAGCUAUUUUUCCAUUUGGUCAGUGUGGCAGAGGGAACAAUAUAGUGACUCAAAGCAGCAGAGCAUUAAAUGAACACUCAACCAAAACCAUAAAGCCCUCAGUCAUGGCACAAGGAACGACCAGAGGGUUUAGUAAACAGCUGUGUUAGAUGAAAUAUGUUUUGUUCAAGUUUUUAGCACGUUCUUGGCACAAACUGACUUGACUCCAGUUUCUUGUUACAUCAUUUUGGAACAAAUAAUUGAAAUGAAGUGUAAGCUUUGGUUUUUCAUGUCACAAAAGCAAAUUUCACGACACUUUCAAGAAGUUGAUUUCACAGUAUGCCUUGUCAUUUUCAUCGUUUCAGAAGGUAUGCCGCUCUGUUAGCAAAGGUAAGAGAUGUUAGCACUAGUCGACAACACCACUGUGGUUAGCUUAGAACUUUAAAAAGGGAUAUUUCACUUUUGCUAUUAUUCUGAAAGCACUCCCUUGUUUUUAUAGCUUUGCAUUUAAAGAUUACUACUGGGGGGGGAAAAAAACUGGAUUUAAAAAAAACUUGGCUGAGUCUUUGAUACAUUUUAAAAGGUCUAUAUGAAAAGAUACAAAAUGUAUGUUUGAUGAACUUGCAUGUAAAAUGGUUUAUACGUUUUGCUCAUUUGCCAUCCAGCUACUGUAAUUGUUGACACUGAUUGGUUAAAAUAACUUGCGUCGGAGGAUGUUGUGAGUACUUUAUCAGGGUUGACCUUCUACUGAGAUGCUCUAAAAUGAGCUGCUGUAACAGAGAUGUCACAGGGAGUCUGUCCCGUCUGACACUAGAACAAAUUCACUUGUCUCUCAUGAUACCAUGGUGUUGGAAAGCACAUUCAAAGAUAAAUGCGGCUGGAAGAACUCUUUUCAAAUUGGCAGCUAUUUUUUAUAAUUAAAAGUUAUGGGGGUGAGUUUCUGAUUUGUGUUGUAUUAAUUCCAGACUUGGUAGCAGUGUACCAUGGCCAUAAUAUAUCAUCUCUGACAAGCUUAUUAAAGUUAA